AAAAAGUACCAAUCUUUCCACUUUACACUAAGUCAUACCUCAAAAUUCAAAAAAGUCAUUAAGGGACCCUCGUUGAGCGUGGUCUUCAUAUGAGUCCAACUAUGUAAAGUUAACAACUGACUCCCCCAAACCUCCAUUAAUAAGACCUUCUAAAAAGUAGCAAUUUCAUAUUCAUAUGUGCUGUGUGCAGCAAAUUCAUUUGAAUUGAAUAUUCUCCAUCAUUUCAUAGAUUUUCUCAUCUGGGUUUUCUAUAUUUCUCUUUUCUAAUCAUUCAUCGUCACAGGAUUCAAUUUCUUUCCUUUCUACCCACUUCCACUAACAUUUUUUUGUCUUCCCUACUAUUCCACUCAUUUAUCUCGUGAAUCAGUCAAAUUUUCCAUCCCUGAUUUCUGUUUCCAUUGCUUUUUAACUGGUUGAAUCUUGAUUUUUUCAAAAUUUCAGUUACCAAACCCUCAAACAUUGUAGAUUGAUAAGUAUUUAGUAACAUUUUUCAUGAAUCUAUGUUACAGUAUAUAAGUUUCUGGUUCUGUUUUGCUACUAUUUUUUCUUGAGAUUUUUACAAACAGUUGGUGGGCGUUGUGUAAUCAUAGAAAGAUUGGGAUUUUCUGGGGUCAAAUGUCAUUUUCAUACACAAAUUCUUCUCAAGUGCCAAUCUUUCUCUCCUUGACUGGUAUGUUUAUCUUACUGUAAGUUUCAUUUAGGGAAGCCUGGUCUUAUUUUGCUACCUAUAUUUGCUUAACUAUAUUUGGUUUAGCUGACAAUUAAAGACUAAACCCUCUAUUUCUGUCAAUAUAGCAUUUGAUUUUUUUUUCUAGCUUCAUAGACUUAUUGUUAGUUUACUAAAAAUUCUUGCCUUUACCUUCAAAUUAUAAACAUGUGAUUGAAUUUGUUCAAAUCCCACCUUGUAAAUUUGUGAAAAUAGUGAAAAAAAUACCCAUCAAGAAUCCCAACCUAUUUUGUAUCUUCCAAAAUGCUUAAAAGAUGCAUUUUUGUGGGGACUUUAUUGAUUCUUUCAGUUGCAAUUGUUGCCUCCGAAAUUUCUUUGGGUUCAAAACUUUCAGCUUCUGAUAAUGAUUUAUGGGUUUCCUCCAAUGGGGAUUUUGCUCUGGGAUUCUUUAUUCAUCCAGAACAUUCUAACCAAUAUAGUUUAGGGAUUUGCUUCCAUUCUGAUUCUAUACCUGUUGAUAAACAAACUCUAGUAUGGACUGCUGGGGCUGAACUUUCUGUCAGUAAUCAGUCUUAUUUUCAGCUCACUCAGGAGGGAGAGUUUGUUUUAUUAGAUCCUUCCAAUGCUGGAAUUGUGUGGACUAGCAAUUCUUCUGGAAAAUCUGUUUCUUCUGCUUUACUUCAGGAUGAUGGAAAUUUGAUUGUGUUGGAUGCAAAUAAGGAUUUGGUGUGGCAAAGUUUCGAUACACCGUCUGAUACACUGUUACCCGGUCAAAAUUUGUCCGUCCACAAAAUGCUUCGUGCCUUGAGUAAAAAUUCGGUUUCGAGCUACUAUAGUUUGUAUAUGAGUGAUUUGGGGCAGCUACAGUUGAGGUGGGAGACUAGUAUGAUAUUUUGGACAAGUGGGAUCCCAACAAAUGAGUCACUUAGGGCUUCUCUUAGCUCUAAUGGCUCUUUCCAGCUUCUUGAUGAAAGAUCUAAACCUUUUUGGUCUGUUUUAGCAGAUGAUCACAAUGAUAAUGUGAAAUUUCGGUUUGUUAGGUUAGAUGUCGAUGGGAAUCUCCGAGUUUAUUCAUGGGACGAAGAUUUAGCAGCAUGGAGAUCGGUGUGGCAGGCUGUUGAGAACCAAUGUGAUGUUUUUGCAACUUGUGGUGAUCACGGAAUUUGCUUGUUCUCUAAGUCUGGCCUCGCAACUUGUAAUUGCCCGUUUAGGCUGUCUACGGAGUUAAACUCAAAGUGUUUGGCACCCUUUGAGCAGAGUUGUGACUCUAGUGUUAGUAUGGUGGGUUACAAACAUAGUUUUCUAUAUGGGGUUUACCCGCCAAAUGAUUCGGUCGUUAUAACUAGUUUGGACUCUUGCCAGAGUUUGUGCCAGAAAGAUCCGCUGUGCACUGCCGUGACAUAUUUGAAUGAUGGAACUGCACAAUGUUGGAUCAAGAAAACACGGUAUAUUAGUGGUUAUUACGAUCCAUCCCUGAUUUCAGUAUCGUAUGUUAAGACUUGUUUGGAUCCCUUGGCGGUCUUUCCUAACAAAUCUCCUACUGUUGCAUCUCCAAUAGAGCCUACCGUUUCUUCACAUGAAUCUAAUAAGUCGUAUAGGAUCCAGAUUCGUUCGCUAAUUGUUGCAGGUUUAGUUAGCUUUUGUAUGUUCUGUAUGCUUCAGAUUGCUGUUGGAAUAUGGGUCUGGAGAAAACGAACGAUUUCUGUGAAGAAACAAGCUGGCUCUCCUUAUGAUGGUUUUAUUUCGGCUGGCUUGAUCCGAUGGACAUAUGCUGAAAUCAAAGAGCUAACGCAAAACUUCAAGGAUCAAUUAGGGCCACGCUCGUUCAAAGCUGUGCUUCAGAACAAGCAACCUGCAUUGGCCAAGCGACUACAAUCCCAAACCGAAGAGAGGAGGUUUAGAUCCAUGGUUUCAAUGAUAGGAAGUAUUUACCAUAAAAAUUUGGUGAAGGUGGAGGGUUAUUGUUGUGAAUCGGGGCAUAGAUUUUUGGUGUACGAGUUUCUUAAGAACGGUUCGUUAGAAGAGUUGAUGGUGGAUCUUGAAUCAUGCCAAAGACUAACUUGGAAAAAGAGGAUGUCAAUUUGUCUCGGGAUGGCAAAAGCUAUUUCGUAUUUGCACACAGAAUGCAGGGAUUUUGUUGGCCAUGGGAAUUUGAAUUGUCGAAAUGUGAUCUUGGAUGAAAACUUGGAAGCCAAGCUCACAGAGUUUGGCUUGCAGAAACUAGAUGGGAUCGAUACGCUUGCAGAGAAAGAUGUGGAAGACUUUGGUAAAAUUGUACUCUAUCUCAUAAAUGGAAGCCAGGAAGUUCAUACAGAUGGUGGAGAGUGUUUUUACAACAAAUGGGUUAGUGGGUAUGGUUGGAGGGUUGUGGAUAAGAGGAUUGAAGGCGAAAUAGACUUCGAGGAACUCGAGCGUGUCCUUAGAAUUGCGUUUUGGUGUUUGCAAGCCGAUGAAAGGAUGAGACCUUCAAUGGGUGAAAUCGUGAAUGUUUUAGAGGGUACAUUGACAGUUGAUCCCCCUCCGCCUCCAUUUUCUCGGUUAAGAGCUUAAUUGGAAGACUUGUUGAAGGUGAAGGUGAUGUAGACCUUGAAGAAUUCAAGGGUCUUCUUAGAAUCCAUUCGGCAUUUGCAAGUCAAUGAAAGAACGAGACUGCCAAUGGUUAAAAUCGUGAGUGUUUUAGAGGGUGCAUUGAUAGUUGAUCCCCCUAUGCAUCCACAUUCUUACUCGAGAACUUAACCGAAAGACUUGUUACAUAAUCGGAGAUUCAUGGAGAUUUUUGUGCUGCCAAUGUAUAGUAGAACUAACUUAAGGCAAGGAUAUUGUAAAAUUUUGGGAGAAUAGGUGGUUAGGAUAAAUACUUGACCUUACAUUUAGCAAAUUACAAAAACUCCCGAUGUGUUGGUUGAGUACAAUUUAUUCAUGGAGCAACAAAUCCAAUUUUCUCAUAUUGCAGUACAGAAGCUGUCAUCAUUCUGGUGACCCUUCAUAUUGUUGCCUUUCUUGCCUUCCUCUUAUUUGUAAUUGAAAUAUUUUUCUUUCUUCUUUAAAUAUGUCGGGAUUAAGGCCUUCACA